GGGGAGAUUUUCAUGUGUAAUUUUCCUCAUAUUGUACUUUUUGUUCCUCUCUUUUUCCUUUCCUUUUCAAUUUCCUCUCUGACCAAUUGAAUCCAUUCGUAAUUCCAAUCUACUUUCCUCUUUCCACCUGCUGCUUCCUGCCGGUGCCGACUUGCCGUUUGGAUUUCCGACGGUGUUCUUCUCCGUCAACUUCUCCGGUUGAUUCACGUUUUUUAUUUGCUUUUCUAGGUACUUUUUUAUCUGUUGGAGGUUUGAGAAGUACCUUCUGGUGUUUGCAGUUGAAAAUAGAAUGCAAAGCUAAUACUUCGGAUGACUUCAACAUGCAAAUGGUACAACAGGUCUCCUUAGAGCGUGACACAUGCCUCCAUCCCGAGACUUUUAUGGGCAAGGAUGGGCUUUCUGGUGUAACACAACAUCCUGCAGUGGCACUGUCAGUAAUACCCUCAAAUGAUCAUCUUGCUUCACAGCAGUCUGUGCUGACACAUGAUCAUGCGGUGACACAGCUGGUACCAUCCUCCCAAGACCAGGUUAUGCUUCAGCUGCCAGCCAAAAGACAGCCACGUCAAUGGGCUGCAUGGACACGUCAGGAGGAAGAAAGUUUUUUCUCUGCACUGCGACAAGUUGGGAAGAAUUUUGAGAAAAUUACUAGUCGCGUGCAGAGCAAAAACAAGGAUCAGGUCAGACAUUAUUAUUAUCGUCUAGUGAGGCGUAUGAACAAGUUGUUGGGUCCAGAACUUUGUCUUGAUGCCAAAAAUUCCAAGGAUACUAAUGCUGCAAUGUUGCGAUGGUGGUCUUUACUGGAAAAAUAUAGCUGUAAAGCUUCGAAGCUUCAUUUGAAACCACGGAGGUUUAAAAUAUUUAUUGAAACUUUGGAGAGUCAGCUGUUGAAAGACCGGAAAAAGAAUGUAAGAAGGCGUCCUUCUCAAGGAGAAAGUAGUGCUACAGCUGCUGGAUCUCCUUCAAGUCAUGGCAGAGUGUCAACUAAUGAUAGUCGGACAGUUAAAGUGGUUCUUCUUGACAACCAGGAUGUACAGAAAUUUGGAUCUGGAAAAGGCUCUUCUAUAAAACGCCAUGUCAUGGGUGUCAAUAGAAGCAAUGCAAAAGUAGACUCUUCUGUGAAAAAUGCUAGACAUCGCCGAAGGACAGGUUCUGCAUCAACAGCUGCAUACAAAAGGUGGGAGAAGGCUGCAAUUGCUGGAGUUUCAUUGGUAGCUGAUGCAGCAGAGCAUUUGGAACGAGCAACUAUUGAUAAAGAUGUCGGACUGGUCCAGAAUUCGCAGGGUAUAAAUGGUUUUGAACAUGUUGGCAAAAAUGUGCAUUUUUUGCCGACUUUAUCCCAAAAUCUGUUAAAUGAGACUAAUUUACAGAGUUGUAUGAAACUCAAGCUCCAGCUGUUUCCUGUUGAUGAAGGAACUAGAAGAGCCCUGGAAAUGGAUAAUCAUAACCCUUACUUGGAGCUCACUCUAAGUAAUCGAAAAAAGAUGUCAUCCGUUUUGGAGCAUCUCAAUCGUAAAUGGGGAAGUUCGAGCAUAGCAACUGGAGAACUGGUGCUUUUUCCUUAUCAUGUACAGAUGGAAAACCUGGUGCAAUCCCUGAGAUGGACCAAAGAUACUACACAAAGUGCGGCUGAUGUGCAUAAUCUGAUCGGAAGCCCUCCAGUUUUCCGUCUCAGAUAUGGUUGGUUUCCAAAUGCUGAGCUUGGAACACCUCUUGAACUAUUGUCAUCUGCCAUUCCGUUUAUGCAAAAUAUUAACCCUAACAUCACAAAUGAAAAUAAUGCGGAAAUACUAGCAUCAUCCCCUGGUAAACUUGUACGAUUUUCUAAAGAACCACUAGCUUCUAACCCAAGAAUGACUGUGACAUCCUCCUCAAUCAAGCUGUCUGGUGAGUCAAACUUGCAAGCAAGCAUGGGUCUAAAUACCUACACUUAUGAUCAUGAUGGAACUCUGCCGUUGAAUAGAAGGGAGAACGGGGAUGCAACCACAGCAGAACAAGCUGAGAUGCAUGAUAUGCAGGGAAACAAGGCCAGUGCUUUGUCGGCAGGGGAUUGGGAAGAUAGCCUUACCAACAUAAGUGUCGGAGAUCUUCUCUUUGAUGCACCUGAUGAUGAGGAGACAGACUGUAUUGACUCAGCUUUGUGCGGAAGCUCUCAUUUUCUCUCACAGAUGCCAUUAAGCUGUGACUCGUUUGAUGCAGCGAUUGCUGCUCAUAUAUAUAAACAUCAAAGCAAAGCUGAUUCUCAGAUGGCUCUUCCACCUCAAGCAUCUUCCAUUUGGAAUGCUGAAGAUACAUGUGAUGCUUUUGCAUUUAAGAAAAAUGUUGCUUUCAGUGACAAAUCGCAGUGUUCAUCCAGCAAUGUUGGUGCAGAGAAUUCCCAGCGGAUUGCUCAGUCAUCUUCCCUGGUAUUGGAUGCAGUAAUCAAGGAUUUGCCUGGGAACAUGGAGUCCUUUAACGGUGAACCUGCUCUUGAUGACGCAGUGGAUGAGUGUCAAUCGGAUGCACAGGCGUUGGAUGGUUCUUCAAAGGAUCUUAAUGGGCUCUCUGGCAUAUAUUGGACAGACUCUUUAGGACCGCUAGAACUGGACGCCCCUUCAUGUAGAUAUCAUAGUGAAGACAUAACUCUGAGUGACAGUCUUGGUGGUUUUAACCGCCUCAUAGUUAACAGUCUAGAUGCAUUCCAAAAUUGCUCGUUCUUUGGGUUGGACAAAACAGAGCCUGGAUCUACUGUUGAACCUGUAAAGACUUCAGAUUUAAAGAUCGGUGCUGAAGUCUAAGCUUCUCGACUAAAAAACUUAGUUCGGCUAACUUUAUAGGUAUGUCUCAACAAUCUCAAGUCCAAAAUUUCGUGCAUGUGUGCAACGCGCAAGUAUGCAUAGCACUUGAAAAGAGAAAAAAAGGUUGAAAUGGGACAAAGGUUCCCUCUCUAAUGUACAAAAUAUAACUCUUGAGAGUACUUCAGGUGUCUCUGAAUGUGUACAUUGUGUAGAAUUUUAUGUGCAGCACGUAAAAAUGCCAAAUUAUUUUUGUUUUUUUUUAAAACUCAUAAAUGUUGCAAAAUUCUCAACUUUGGCAUAACAAGGUUUGAUAUUGAUAUUAUAUAAUCGACAACCAACACAAUGUGAAAGUUUA